UUUCUCCUCGGCUCGACCCCGGCUCUGGGGGGACUGUUGCGCCAUGGACGGGCUUCGGGCUGGUGCGGGACUGCUGAGGCGCGGGCGGCUGAGGCGCCGGCGCCAGCCCCAGCCCCACGCUGGCUCGGUCCUGGCCCUGCCCUUGAGGCCCAGGAAGAUCCGCCGGCAGCUGAGGAGGAGUGUGGCGUCCCGCAUGGCCGCGCUGAGGGCUCAGACGUUGCCGAGCGAAGACUCGGAGGACUCGAGGGUCGAGUCCACGUCUGGCGACUUGGGGGGCGCGCUGCCCGGUGGCGCGGCGCCCACGUCGGACGCGGCCCGGCGCGAGCCGUACGGCCGCCUCAGCCCCGCAGAGCUGCUGGAGGCCUCGCCCGCCGCGCGCUCCCUGCAGACCCCGCCGGCGCGCGUGCUGGAUACCUCGGCGCUGCUGUGCACCGCCCAGCACCUGGCGGCCGCCCCGCCUGCCGGGACCGCCGCCACGCUGCCGGGGCCGCCCGUGGAUGGCGCGGAUGGGGGGCUGCCCUGGGACUCCCCGCUGCAGCGCGUCUUGGCCGAGCUGAACCGCAUCCCCAGCAGCCGGCGGCGGGCGGCGCGCCUCUUUGAGUGGCUCAUCGCGCCCAUGCCGCCCGACCACUUCUACCGGCGCCUGUGGGAGCGGGAGGCGGUGCUGGUGCGGCGGCAGGACCCCACCUACUACCAGGGCCUUUUCUCCACCGCCGACCUGGACUCGAUGCUACGCGACGAGGAGGUGCAGUUCGGGCAGCACCUGGACGCCGCGCGCUACGUCAACGGGCGGCGGGAGACCCUGAACCCGCCGGGCCGCGCCCUGCCCGCCGCAGCCUGGUCCCUGUACCGGGCCGGCUGCUCCCUGCGCCUGCUCUGCCCGCAGGCUUUCUCGGCCACCGUGUGGCAGUUUUUGGCCGUGCUGCAGGAGCAGUUUGGAAGCAUGGCAGGCUCCAACGUUUACCUCACGCCCCCCGACUCGCAGGGCUUCGCUCCUCACUACGACGACAUCGAGGCUUUUGUGCUGCAGCUGGAAGGCAGGAAGCUCUGGCGCGUCUACCGCCCCCGGGUCCCCAGCGAGGAACUGGCCCUGACAUCCAGCCCCAACUUCAGCCAGGACGACCUCGGGGAGCCGGUGCUGCAGACCGUGCUGGAACCCGGAGACCUGCUCUACUUCCCGCGCGGCUUCAUUCACCAAGCCGAGUGCCAGGAGGGAGCCCACUCUCUGCACCUCACCUUGUCCACGUACCAGCGCAACACCUGGGGCGACUUUCUGGAGGCCGUACUGCCUCUGGCUGUGCAGGCGGCAAUGGAAGAAAAUGUGGAGUUUCGCAGGGGUCUGCCCCGGGACUUCAUGGAUUACAUGGGGGCCCAGCAUUCGGAUUCUAAGGAUCCGCGAAGAACGGCUUUCAUGGAGAAGGUGCGUGUCUUGGUUGCCCGCUUGGGACACUUUGCCCCUGUGGAUGCUGUGGCUGACCAGCGAGCCAAAGACUUCAUCCACGAUUCGCUGCCCCCCGUGUUGACUGACAGGGAGAGGGCACUGAGUGUUCACGGGCUCCCGAUUCGCUGGGAGGCUGGAGGACCUGUAAACGUGGGCGCCCAGUUGACAACAGAAACCGAAGUCCACAUGCUUCAGGAUGGGAUAGCCAGGCUGGUGGGUGAGGGAGGUCACUUGUUUCUUUAUUACACAGUGGAAAACUCCCGCGUUUAUCAUCUGGAAGAGCCCAAGUGCUUGGAAAUAUAUCCCCAGCAAGCUGAUGCCAUGGAACUCUUGCUUCGCUCCUACCCAGAGUUUGUCAGAGUGGGGGACCUGCCCUGUGACAGUGUGGAGGACCAGCUUUCUUUGGCAACCAUGUUGUAUGAUAAGGGGCUGCUGCUCACCAAGAUGCCUCUAGCCCUAAACUAGUGUCUUGCUGAUUGCUGGAAACAAGGCAGUAGUGAUUCUCCCAGACCACUGCCACUAUUUUUUUACUUUUGAAAAAAGUGCUCUUACCUUGAUGAUAACCAUCAUUGUGCUCACAUUUACCUUUAUGACUGCAUCCACGUCACAGAACUCAGACUGCCUUCUAGGAAAAACCGGCUCAUCUAGGUGCAAAAGUAAAAUCAGAAGUUAAAGGUGGAAAAAAAAAAGGAGCUAUUUCUGCAGAAGUAACCUUGAUCCCUGGUUAUUUCAGAGCACAACUUCAUCCCUCUUCAGUGUACUGUAUAACUCUAGCUGUGACAUUUGCUUGAGACGUUAGAAACUUUUAUUUGGAAUUUGCAUCUUUUGAGUUCUCUUUCAUCAGUUUUGGGGGACGGUUGGGGUCAGUAUCUUGUUUGUUAUUGAGCUUGUGUGAACAUUAGAAAAGUUAUUAAAGUGCCCAAGAACAUUUCUCUCUUCUAAGGCUAGAUUGUUAUGUGGGAUGGUUUGAAGAAAUGUGGGAGGGAGAGGAAGACAGGGACAAUCUAUAAUGGCUGAGGUGAAAAGCCAUUCGGGGUGGCUGUAGGAUGAUUAAACAGAGCAUGUUAAGCUUUUAAAGAAACUCAUCUGAUGGAGGCCAGUUCUUUUAGGGUUAAUUUGCUUGUUUUUAUUAUGCUACUUGAAUACCAAGCAGCACAGUACCAAAGUUACUUUAACACUAGCAGAGAGUGAACUUUAAGAAAAUUUUGUUUUUGUUGAGUGCUUGCUUUUACCA